UUUGUUAACUUCUCCAAAAGCCGCGUGGACUUCGCGCGAGCCGCUCGAGCACUUUUGGCUGGCCUUCGUUUCACUUCGUGGAAUUGUGUUCGCAUCCGGUCUGACCGAGUCCACGAACAACAGGAGAGAACCUUUCCCCCCGGUGUUUUCCACGAGUUUCGUUUCAUGGACACCCUGUGGAAAUCAUUUGUGUUCAUGACAGCAGCGAGGUCUGGUGCCAAUUCAGUGCACUAUCAAAGCAGAGCUUCUACACUAUGAGCAGCCAGUCCAUUCCGAGCCACAUUGACCCAUUGUUCGGAAGAAAGAUGCCAUUGUAUGAUGGGACCAUUUCAUCUGCAGGACUGUCGAAACCCCAAACUAUGUCUGAUUUGCGGGGCGGGCAUACCUUGCAGUAUAGCGGGGCCUGUUUUCCUUAUGACCCAAGGGGAAAAGAAGCGGCAGAGUUCACUCCUCCUUGGAGAAAGACCCCUCUGCUUUAUGACAGAAAUCCUGUGAGUCACCUCUCUGGCCGGGAGGGACAAAACCACAUCAUUUACAGGCAAGACAGCAGUUCUUCAGAAGAAAGCCAUCCCUCCUCUCUGCAUCAAGCUGCAGUAAAACAGGGCUUUACAUUAUACACUAAAAGUCCUAGGAUGAGCAGUCCUGCAGCUGCUACAUCGGGGAUUAGUAGAAAACAAAAAAAUGGAACUGAGAAAUUAUCGCCCCCCUCUGAAAACACAAUUUACUUAGCCAUUCCUAAACCAGUUUAUGGACUAAGCCCUUGUUGUAGUGAAUUGGGUUGUGUGAUAGGACAUCGGUACAGUGUGGAACAUGGUUCUCCGAGGAUCCCAAAACAAGUGUAUGAACAUGAGUGGAUGCAAACUGAUGCCCACUACACUGAGAGAGGAAAAGCACAAGACGCAAUGCUGCAACAGAGAGGUUUACCGUGUGAGCCCAGUGCAGAGGCACUGAGGAGGAUGACAGUGGGGACAUACAGCCCAGGUAGAGAUAGGACCUUUCCUGCUAUGAUUGAUCCAAACUACAGCAGCUACCCCUUCGCCCUACCGCACACUCUGUUUGGUUCUUUAAGUGAGCAGGGCCAGCGUAUACAGACUUCUCCCAGAGGCUACCCCAGCUUCUACCCCUCCCAUCCUACAUACGAGCAUAUGACCUCAGAGGUUUAUCAGGAACAUUCUCCCAUGUCCAAAUAUGGCCAGCUAACACAGCAGCCGAUGUUUUACUACCCUCAGGCAAAUGUGGAGGUAGAAAAUAGGACACAGUGUAAAGAUAUUGGCAGCAAGCAGAGAGAAGAUGUCCCUGUUAUUCUUAAACACUCAAUCUCCGACCACAGAGAGCAUUACAUGGUGCCCCAGACGCUUCAUGGUAAAAUCCCUCUGCCUUUGUCUGAUGAAACUUUGCAUAAUCAUUCCCUCAUGCGCGGUUUUAACCAUCAAGCUUUUGCAGUUCCUGGACUUCACUCAAACACGAGCCAGAUAAGACAGCUCUUGAAUUCUAAUCGCCGAAAUGUUUCUCCAUCAAGAUCAUACAUGGAUCACCCUAUGACCUCUGCGAGCAACCUACGUAAGGACAGACCCAACGCAAACCUGCCCCAAACCACUUCACCAUUUCAUGUGAAUCAAACUAGUCCUUCAAGGGGUACAAGCCAACCCGGUAUCUCGCCAUCCAGCAUUGAAGUUAACAGAUUUUACCCCCCGCUCACUGGCCUACACGUAGACCGACCCGUCCUUCCACCGACUGCCUUGAACGCGGAUCAACUCCGGGACUAUUCCUCCUUUGAAGCUCAGGUUAAGUGUCCAAUGCAGGCGAAAGGUCUUCCUGUUUCCUCAUGGGCAUGGCUGCCCCGGCCCCUCCAUCACAGCUCAGGGUCAGUCCAAACAUCUUUACCAGAUAGUGUAAAUGUCCCAAAAAUAAUUUAUUCCCAUGCUGUUACACCAGGAAAAAACGUCCAGUGCCAUAUAUCCAGUCCAAGCACUGCUGUUCCUAAAAAAUGCCUAAAGAGAAGUAUGUCUCACUCAUCUUCCCCUGUCAAAAUAGAAAAAGAGGAUCGGGAAUUAUGUCAGAUGGAUCUCUUUAAGAAAAGACAAAAGGUGAAAAUGGAGAAUAUACAAGAGAAAAACAAAAGUGACUCUUGUAUGCCGAUUAUUGACAAUGUCUUCAGUCUGGCACCUUACCAAGCAUACCUGCAGGCCCCUGGUCUGUUAUUUCCCGGCAGAGUGUCUCAGAUAAUCGCACAUUCGUCUGAGCACCGGGAGGUGAAAAGCAGGCCAGACAUCAAAGAGGAUAAACAGCAGCCUGAAGUCUGUCUACUUUCCAAAGAAGUCUGUGCAGAUACUCCAACAGAGAACCCUGGUGUAGAAAUGAUUGAACUUAAAAAUAUUAAAGUGGAAAAAGUAGAUCCAUCAGACAAGGACAACUCUGUAGAGACUUCUCUUAUUGCGAGGGACUGCAGCAAAGAAAUGAUCCAAAAGGAGUCCAAAGGUACUGAUUCUUCCAACCAAGAGCCCAUGUUGGUGAUAAAGAAAGUCGAUCCUGAUGAACUUGAAGCUAAACCCUUACAGGAAGAGCAAAAAGAGGCUGCUGAUGAGUCUAAACCUGGUGAAGAGACUGCACCGACGAAUAUAUCGGGUCAGGGUGAUGCAUUAACACCUCAGGAAAAGUUGGUCACCAUUAAACCUAACCCCAACACAUCCCCUCAACUACUUGAGAACAGACUCAAAUUCAAAAAUAUUCCUCCACAGUGUCUGAAACUUUCCAGUUACAAAAUUGUUUUCCAUGGUAUAAACCAUUCUAGCCCCGUUCUGCCUCUGGAAAAGACUCCUGUGAAACCAAUGACUGAAUUUGCACCAAAACCUGAGCCCCAAACACCAGUCCGCAAGCACUUCUUUGAGUUGCACCAUUCUCUCUGCAAGCUUGUAUCCAAAUCUGUUCUGGUUCCUUCAAAGCAUGACCUCAAGACCUGGUUGUCCCAGCUUGAACUGAGUGGACCAGCAUCUCCGCCAACGAAAGUCAAGAAGAUUUCCUGCUUGUUUGGGAUAAAAGGCAGAGAGGUUUGGCUUACUGAGGAGAUGAAGUCCGCCCUCCACACGCUCCUGGAGCGGCUGAGGGAGUAUACGGCUCAGGAACGUUGUCCUUUCCCUCAUGUCAUGCGAACGGGGGCGGUGUUCCUCCCCAUGCUGGUGGUGAAGGAGCUGCUGUUUCCGACCGUUCAGGGCAGCCUCAUCGACCAGGUCCUGCAGGAGCACAAGGUGGAGCUGCGACCCACCACGCUCUCGGAAGAAAAAAUCCUCAUCCAGCUCCACAAACGAGCCUGUUCGUCUAGGCUCCGGAAACUGAUGUCGCUCAAGCACCUGCCCGACAUCUACGCCGACGUGGUCAACCUGAUGUACUACACCUGUGUCUGCAAACACCUGGAAUCAACCUCACCUGAUGGCCAAAAGAAAGUCCAGGAUUAAAAAUGGACGAUUCUGUUUUCAAAGAAAAAGAUGACGGUUGUGAGGAAUCUAUCAGCUGCAGGACCCCUAUGUUUUCAGACACCACAGUGUCACCAGCCUCGCCUGCAGAGUUGCACCCACAGAGACAUCCGAAUGAUGAGGAAGCUAAUGUGAACAAGAAUAGAACCAAAACCAGGGUGAAGACCAGCUCCAGGCGCAUGUUUCUCGACAACAGUAUGUCAGAUGAGGAAGCGGCAGAUGACACAGAAAAGACUGUGGACGUAGGUGUUUUUAAUGCUGAAGCAGAGCAGGACUCUUUGAGCACAACUUCUGAUAAUUCAUGGACCUGUCCUUUAACUUUGGAUGAACUUUCCUCAUCUCCAAGUGACAUUGAAGCAGAGGAGUCCUCUAGUCCUGAUACUCAGUACUCUCCACCAGAUAAAUCUCUGGUUAGAUCCAAAAAAUGUUCAGGUGUGAUUCUCAAACUGAGACGAAUGUUAAGCAAAGAUCUAAACAGGAAAACUGCCUGCUACCAAGCCAUCUCGGACUCGGGGACACGUCUUGAUCCUUCUCAGACUGAUGAUGGGGAUGGAGAAGUGAGCAGCGAGAUGGAGCUUCACCGGCAGACUCCCAGGAUGACCCACAGGUGGCAGAGAACAGGAAACUUCUGCCCCGCCUUAAGACCCAUCAGCAGCUCUUCAAAAAGAAAGCACAGAUCGCUUUUAAAGAUCAAAUACUGUCCCUACUUGUCCGCCUGCCACAGCGCUGAAACCAGGAGACAAUGGGUGCUGCGUUCGGCUGUUCAGAGGGCACGCAUGGCCAUGAGGUUAUACUACCCGGACCUAGUGGGAAAGAGGAUUCUACAUCUGUAUGAAGAAGAUGACAAAUCAGAAGUGUGGUACAGAGGAGAAGUGAUGCGUAUCCAUGAGGCCCACACCAACCCUCUAAAGACAAUAUUUGAGGUCCGGUACGACAGCGAGCCGGAGUGGAAGUACUACCUGGAGCUGAUGAUAGAUUAUAAAAAAGGCUGGCUGAAAAUAGACAACUAGUUUCGCCACAAAAACAUCCAGGUGUUUUUUUUUUUUUUUUUUUGGAUUAAAGCACAUAAUUCAUUGACUUGUCAGUAAAUCCAUGGCGAUGACAGCAUGAUAAGCCUUAAAUAGCUUUCUGGCCUCCUCAGGAAAAGACGUUUGACUGGAUCGUUUUUUUGUGUUGAGGUCAUAUUCUUUGUUACCUAAGAGCUUCAGGGUGCAUUUAAGAAAACCACCACAGCAAACGUACAGCAUUCUGUUCCUGUUCCGGUAAAGCGCUCAUCAAUAUGAAGCAUUAACAAAUGGCAUUUCUGUUGUAUUCAAUAUUGAGACUGUAAUGUGAGAGAGGGUUGACUGUUUAUAUUUAAAAACGUUCAAAAAGGUUUCCCUCACUCCCCUCUCCCCUUUAAAUUAUUAGCGACUUUGACUGUAAGUAAGGAUUUAUGUCCAACUGUGUGAGCCACGUGUGUUUACAGUAAUAUAUUGCCAGAGGUGGAUGUCAUAGCAGUGAUUUUUUUAACAUGAUUGUCGUUUUGUUUGUAACUGAUGCUAGGCAGGCAUUAAGGAGGUUCAGUAUGAAGCUCCUCAAAAGUUGUUUUUUUUAUGACAGUCAGAGAUACGCCCCUGCCAUUGUUGUGAAUUACUGUGAACCUUGCCACUUUAACCUUGUGCCUUAUUUUGUAUAAUUUUCUUAAACAUGUGUUCAUAAAAAAAUGAAAACAUCA